AUUAACCAUUUCCUUCUCAUCUCCCUCCUCCUCCUCCUCCUCCUCUUCUUCUUCCUCCCAUAGCCACCAUCCAUGGCAGAAAUUGAAGUUCCUGAAUAUUUCGUGUGUCCCAUUUCUCUUGAGAUCAUGAAAGAUCCGGUGACGACCGCAACAGGUAUAACCUACGACAGAAAGAGCAUCGAGCGGUGGUUGCUGACGGCGAAGGAGAGGAAAUGUCCAGUCACCAAGCAGCCACUGCUUCCUGACUCAGCCUUGACCCCUAACUCUACCUUACUCAGGUUAAUCCAGGCUUGGUCUUCAGGAAACGUUCACAACGGUGUCGUUCGGGUUCCAACCCUGAAACCCCUCUUCACCUCCAUCCACGUUCACAAGCUCAUUUCGGAUCUUCGGAUUCCUCAUCUGUAUGAAACGACAUUGAGAAAAUUGGAUGCUUUGGCCAGACACAGCGAAACCGACAGAAGGUGCAUGGUGGAAUCUGGAGUACUCGAGGCUAUGCUUUCCGUAAUUACUCACAGUUUCAAUGAAGGUAUAACAAUUUGCCUUGAAGAAGCUUUGAGAAUUUUUCGUUUACUCUGGGCAGCAUCGUCAUCCACGGCUCACAUGAAGCCUCUUUUUUGUGCAAACUUAGACUUUAUAACCUGCUUGACCUGGGCUUUGCAAAUUGACGCGAGCAACAAAGUUAAUAUAGUAAAUGAAACGAUGCCUUCUUUGAAGUCGACCAUUGAAGCCGCAGAUCCAACUCUUCUGGGAAGCUUAGAGGUUGAAUUUUUCAGAGAGAUAACAAGGGUGCUAAAAAACAGAAGGGUCUCAGAGCAGGCUAUCAAAUCAGCCUUGCAGGUUCUCAUAGAAACGUGCCCAUUGGGAAGAAACCGAACGAAAAUCGUAGAAUCAGGUGCAGUCUUUGAAUUAAUUGAUCUUGAGUUAGAAAAACCAACAAAGAAGAUAACGGAGCUAGUGUUCAACCUUCUGGUGCAUCUGUGUUCGUGCGCUGAUGGGAGAGAACAGUUUGUGCAACACGCAGCGGGCAUCGCCGUGCUGUCAAAGAGGAUUCUGAGGGUUUCGAAUGCAACUGACGAUCGAGCAGUUCAUAUAUUAUCGUUGAUAGCUAAGCACUCGUCCUCGAAUGAUGUCGUUUUGGAGAUGUUGAGGGUGGGAGCUGUGUCCAAGCUUUGCAUGCUGAUGCAAGCAGACUGUGCUUCUUACUUGAAGGAAAAAACAAGAAGUAUCCUUAGGUUACACUCCAAAACUUGGAAUAAUUCUCCCUGCAUUCAACUAUAUUUGCUAACCAGGCACCAAAGGUGAUCCACACCUGUCAAAUAUUCUCCCACUUAUUUUGUUUUUGUGAAAAUACACAAUUUCUUCCAUGAUAUAUGCAUAUCUUAUGACCGGGGUGUAUUAGCAUAUUUCCUCUGCUUUUGCCUUUUAA